ACACCUGUAAGUGGUGAAGAGUGACAUGGGUAAACAAUUCACGGAUCAGAGGAUGACUGCAGAAAUGCACAGACGCUCGCUCGAAUCUACCUGUCAGCUGCUGCUCGAGCAUUUCUUGCCGACACCUUAAAGUCAGCUACCCCGAGAUAAAAGAUGAGCGCAGAAGAGACGCUGACAUCAGACGAGCUGGAAUGCAAGAUAUGUUACCAAAAGUUCAAUGCCCACAGCCGCAAACCCAAGAUCCUAAACUGCCUUCACCGUGUCUGUGCACGAUGCCUAUCCAAAAUCCUUAUCAUGGGGGGCGGGGCACCAAGCAUCAGCUGCCCUUUCUGCCGCAACGAGACCGAACUUCAGGAAGAAGAGGUUGCCGGUCUCCCGGACGACACCAACAUCUUGUCCAAGCUCGCUGAGCGAACCAUCUGCAACUCGGACAGCAACGAGGUGGUCUUAACCCCCAAGAACUUGGCGUCUUCUAGCCCUUCCCAUGGCUCCUCCAACUGCCUAGUGAUCACCAUUAUGGAGGUCCAAAGAGACUCCACGCGGACGCCCAGUCAGAACACCAUCUCUGAUUACUACACGGAGCACAGCAUGGACUCGGCUUCCGUGAGCUCGCAUGGCCAAAUUGACCAUGACCUUUUCUCCAAGCUGUGCAACCACGUCCCAAGGAUACUGGUCUGGCUGCUGGGCUUCUUCUACUUUGGCUCUUUGCCCCUUGGGAUAUAUUUGCUGGUGAUUCAAAAAGUGACGCUCGGCAUCGUCUGCGUCAGCCUGGUACCUUCCAGCCUGACCGUGUGCCUGGUCUAUGGCUUCUGCCAGUGCCUGUGCCAAGGCAUGUGCGACUGUUCAGCCAGGAGUUGACGAACGCUGACCCUACGU